GCCGCCCCGGCCCCCGCGGCUCCGUUCCCCGGCCCGGCCGCCGCUUUCCCCCGGCGGGCCGGCCGCCUGCAUGUCGUUGCUGCCCGCCUCCCCGCCUCCGUCCUGCCGCCGCCGUCCUGCCGCCGCUCCGCCGCGCCGGAUGCAGACUCACAGGGAUGCCAAAGGAAAAAUAUGAUCCCCCAGAUCCUCGCAGAAUUUACACCAUCAUGUCAGCAGAAGAGGUAGCCAACGGGAAGAAGUCGCACUGGGCUGAAUUGGAGAUCUCGGGUCGAGUGCGGAGCUUGAGUUCAUCGCUUUGGUCGCUGACACACCUGACUGCUCUGCACCUCAAUGACAAUAAUCUCAGUCGCAUUCCACCUGAUAUUGCCAAGCUUCAUAAUCUGGUUUACUUGGAUCUGUCAUCCAACAAACUCAGAAGUUUACCAGCAGAACUAGGAAACAUGGUAUCUCUCAGGGAAUUGCUUUUAAAUAACAAUCUGUUACGGGUUUUGCCUUAUGAACUUGGACGGCUCUUCCAGCUACAAACCCUAGGUUUGAAAGGCAAUCCUUUAUCACAAGAUAUUCUCAGCCUCUACCAGGAUCCAGAUGGAACUCGGAAGCUACUGAACUACAUGCUUGACAAUCUAGCAGUUCAUCCAGAGCAGCUGCCUCCAAGGCCAUGGAUUACUUUAAAAGAACGAGACCAAAUUCUGCCCUCAGCCUCAUUCACAGUUAUGUGUUACAAUGUGUUGUGUGAUAAAUACGCCACCCGGCAGCUCUAUGGCUACUGCCCAUCUUGGGCACUCAACUGGGAGUACAGAAAAAAGGGAAUCAUGGAAGAAAUUGUCAGCUGUGAUGCAGAUAUCAUUAGUCUGCAGGAAGUGGAAACAGAGCAAUACUUCACCCUUUUUCUGCCAGCCUUGAAAGAAAGAGGAUACGAUGGAUUCUUUUCUCCAAAGUCACGUGCCAAAAUCAUGUCUGAGCAGGAGAAAAAGCACGUGGAUGGCUGUGCAAUAUUCUUCAAAACUGAAAAGUUCACACUGGUGCAGAAGCACACAGUGGAGUUCAACCAGGUGGCCAUGGCCAACUCUGAAGGCUCAGAAGCCAUGUUGAACCGCGUGAUGACCAAGGACAACAUCGGAGUUGCUGUGGUGUUAGAGGUGCACAAGGAACUCUUCGGAGCAAGUAUGAAAUCGCUUCAUGUGGACAAGCAGCUGCUUAUUGUGGCCAAUGCCCACAUGCACUGGGACCCUGAAUACUCAGAUGUGAAACUCAUUCAGACCAUGAUGUUUGUCUCGGAACUGAAGAAUAUCCUUGAGAAAGCCUCCAGCAGGCCCGGGAGCCCAACAGCAGAUCCUAACUCUAUCCCUCUGGUGCUGUGUGCAGAUCUCAACUCAUUGCCUGAUUCAGGUGUGGUGGAAUACUUAAGCAAUGGCAUUGUGGCUGACAACCACAAGGACUUCAAGGAGCUGCGUUACAACGAGUGUCUGAUGAACUUCAGCGGCAACGGCAAGAACGGGGCUUCGGAAGGAAGGAUCACGCACGGCUUCCGGCUCAAGAGCGCCUACGAAAACAACUUGAUGCCUUACACCAAUUACACUUUUGAUUUCAAAGGUGUGAUUGACUACAUUUUCUAUUCCAACACUCACAUGAACGUGCUUGGUGUCCUGGGGCCUUUGGACCCUCAGUGGCUGGUUGACAACAACAUCACUGGGUGUCCACACCCUCACAUCCCUUCCGACCACUUCUCACUGUUAACACAACUCGAACUCCAUCCUCCGCUCCUGCCUCUUGUCAACGGGGUGCACUUGCCUAACAGGAGGUAGUGGCACCUUGUCCCUCAGAGGGCAAGGACCUGUUGUCAUGGACCUGUACAGUUGUAAAUCGAAUUAUAGAGGAGUGAAGUAUGGCCAACCUUAAGCUGCUUCUCCAAGCUCCUUUUCUUAUGUGUUUGAUAAGAGAUUUUGCACAUUUUUGGUGCAUAUUGGUAUCAUUUGGCACUAGGGCUGGAACCAAAGUAUUAUUCCCUUUCCAGGUUUUUAAUUUAAUAUUAUUUAAAAAAAAAAAACAAAACUGGCAAGCUUUUUCUUUUCAGUAGGAAGCUGCACUUAGAGACAGACAAAUGAGAUUCAGACCUUGCUUAUUAACAUAUUUCAAGAUAAUGCUUUUUUUCCAGAACAUGGCAAAAUGAGCCAACCUUUUAGGAGAAAGAAAAACAAAAACUAGAAGGGCUUGGUUUGCAGGAAGAAGAUUAGAAAUCCUGUUUGUUUGAACCCAAAAGAGAGACUGAACUCUGGGCCCAAAAAACAUUUUGCACAUUAGCGGAGCACUUAAUACCUGACUAUAAACAAUUCGUAGCAUGGCCCUGCCCCUUGUCUAACUAGUGUUAGGAAACCAAAGAUGAGCUAAUAUCUCUGAGGAAACUGCAGGUUUAAAUUCUCCUGAUACCAUUUCAUUCACACUGACACAUCCAGCAAAGCUCCCAGGGCUGUGCAGGUGAGUGUUGAACGCUGCCUACAGGUCGCUUGCUCAGCAGACACCCCAGGGACCUUCUUCAGAGCUCUCAGUCCUCUCUGGAUCCUCAGGGAUCUAAAGGACCUUCCUUUCUGGAUCCUCAGGGAUCCAAAGGACCACGGUGGAGCGGAGCUGCCUCUCUGCUUGGGCAAGCCAGGGUGACACAGUUUGAGAGCAGGGUGUAGGAAUGGGAGGAAAUGGCACUUGGCAGAACAAGCUGCCGCAAACGCUUGGGCCCCGGGCAAGUAAAGAAGUUGCAAAUCCAUCCUAGGUUCCUGUUUCCCAAGAUGGGAAACUUGGGAUCAAAUGAUUAAGCACAGGGUACAGGAAAAAGCCCCUAGAAGUGGAAUCUUUCUUCUGCUUCCAAAGGGCUGGCAGAGCAGCUCUUGGCAUGUUUGGUUUCAUUCAGGAGCCAUAAACAUGCCGGGGAUUAUUGUUCCUGACCCUAGUUGCCAAAUAACCAUCCCACUUUUUUAAAAAACAAACUCUCUUUUCUCUUGUCAGUCAGGGUUGAAUUCUAAAGCUGCUGGUUCAUUCCCAACUGUGCAUUCUCUCUGGAUGUGUUGGAAAUCUUCUUUUUUUUAUGUGUCCCUUUUUAUGCUCUAGGUGGCCAGUUCCAAACCUUGUGCCUCAAGAGGCAUUAAACAAAAUGCAAUUUUCUGAAAACUUGGUUGGCUGCUUCAUGUUUAAAAAAUAUGGCACAGUGAUAGGAAAAGGUUCUGUCUGUGUUUUUAAGUUUUUCUUUAUUCUGCUUUUUUGCUGCUAUAAGAUUUUUUUCUUGGAUUUCUAUUUUAAACUUUUCAUGCACUUUACUGUUUCUAGUCUCAAAAUGUGAUAUUUUUAAUAAAUGAGAACAAAUUUUCCA